UAUCAAAGCAGAAUUGCUAAAAAGACCUGCUGUAUUUGGGUUUAAGGUCAAAAACAAUAACCUCGUGAAUAAAAGUAAACCUAAAAGCAAAAAGAGUUAUAAGCCAAAAAAAUUAGGUGUAAAUAGGAUUGAUUAUAAAAAGAAAAAAAGAGAAACUUCAGAAGAGAAGUAG